AUCGCGCCUGUGAUUACGAUAAGGUGACGUAGCGCAUGAAAUCCCGCCCACUAGUUUGUUUUUGUGUGAAGAGGGCAAGGUGUCGCCUCCUACUGCCAGUGUAGCUGCGCCCCGCAGACAGGCACGUAACGUCACACAUAGGCUACAUUUGUGGGCGGAGCCAGGGCCAACACGUGACUGAGUGAGGCGAUGGCGUCGGUGCUAGCGGCUAAAAAAGCUCUUAGGAAUCAAUUGAAGCAGCGACUUAUUGCUUUGCGUGACUCCGAAAAGUUAAGCCAGUCCCAGGCUGUGACCCGGAAGUUACUUUCGCAUAAAAGGUAUCAGGCAGCGCAGCGCAUUGCUGUCUUUUUAAACAUGCCAGAUGAGAUUCAGACUAAAGACAUUAUAAAUGAUAUUUUUCGACAAGGCAAAGCAUGCUUUAUUCCACGUUACCGACCACGAAGUAAUCACAUGGAUAUGGUGAGGCUCAGUUCAGUGGAUGAAAUCAACCAACUGCCAGUGACUACAUGGAACAUUCGCCAGCCUGCUGAGGGAGAUGACAGGGACAAUGCUUUAUCUAAUGGGGGACUGGACCUUGUGCUGGUUCCUGGCCUUGGAUUUGACAAGGAAGGUCACCGUUUAGGGAGAGGAAAAGGUUAUUACGAUACUUUUUUGGAGCGCUACAUGAAGCAGAUUGGUGCCAAACCAUAUACCAUUGCCUUGGCAUUUCAAGAGCAGCUUUGUGAAUCCAUCCCUGUAAAUGAUAACGAUAUUGAAAUUGAUGAGAUCCUUUGUGCUGAAAACCAAGAAGUGCUUAAAAAUUGACUCAAAUCAUUUAAUUCUUAAAAUUAAAAAUAAACCAUCCAUAUUUUAAUUGUAGAUUAUGCUAAAUUACAGUUUGUUACCAAAGCAGAAACAAAGCAAUUAAAAUACUCAACAAGUACAAGUGAGUAGAUACUCUCUCCAAUCUCAUAGAUCGUUAUGCCAAAGUAGCAAAAUCGCUUUGUUUUAAAGCAUUUUAAUAAAAAAAUAUUUUUCUAC